UUACUUUUUCUGAGCAUCGUGCGUCCGUUCUGGCAACUUUAGUGAACGAUGAUAAAGAUUCGGAGACUUCCGAGUUCUUUAAAUUGUCUAAUAACGACGAUCGCAAACUAGAGCAUUCUCCUUCAGGAGAAACUUUAAUUUUUAGAUGCAUUGUAGGCACAAAUCUUUGCAGAGCUCUAAAGAAAACAAAAGUAUCCCUGAUGCUAACAGCACUGUUGUCUCUAAGCUAUCUGCAGAUCCACAUCGUCCCAUUGUUAUGGAAAUCCUGACUAAAAACAUCGAUAAUUCAGAUGAGAAAAAUUCUAUUACCACUAUGAACCGACACGAAAUAACUCCUGAGAAUCGUGCGUCUGUUUUGGCAACCUUAAUGGAAGAUGAUACGGACUCUGAGAAUUCGAACAACAUCUUUAAAACUUCAGAACUUACUCCCGAUGAUCGUGCGUCUACUUUCUCUAAGCCACCUGCAGAUCCACAUCGUCCUAUUGUUGUGGAAACCCUGACUAAAAACAUCAAUGCUUCAGAUGUUCAAAAUUCUAUUAGCACUGUGAAGCGCCACGAAAUAACUCCUGAGAAUCGUGCGUCUGUUUUGGCAGCCAUAAUGGAAGAUGAUACGGACUCUGAGAAUUCGAACAUCUUUAAAACUUCAGAACUUACUCCCGAUGAUCGUGCGUCUACUUUCUCUAAGCCACCUGCAGAUCCACAUCGUCCUAUUAUUGUGGAAACCCUGACUAAAAACAUCAAUACUUCAGAUGUUCAAAAUUCUAUUAGCACUGUGAAGCGCCACGAAAUAACUCCUGAGAAUCGUGCGUCUGUUUUGGCAGCCAUAAUGGAAGAUGAUACGGACUCUGAGAAUUCGAACAACAUCUUUAAAACUUCAGAGCUUACUCCCGAUGAUCGUGCGUCUACUUUCUCUAAGCCACCUGCAGAUCCACAUCGUCCUAUUGUUGUGGAAACCCUGACUAAAAACAUCAAUACUUCAGAUGUUCAAAAUUCUAUUAGCACUGUGAAGCGCCACGAAAUAACUCCUGAGAAUCGUGCGUCUGUUUUGGCAGCCAUAAUGGAAGAUGAUACGGACUCUGAGAAUUCGAACAACAUCUUUAAAACUUUAACUUCAAACUCGGAGCAUUCUAGCAACAUCUUUAAAUUAUCCCAUUACGACGAUGGCAAACUAGAACGUUCUGCUUUAGGAAGGAGUUUAAUUUAUAGUUGCGAUUCGAGCACUCAGUCUUUGAAGAGCUCUGAAAAAAACAAAAAUAUCCCUGAUGUUAACAGUACUGUUGUCUCUAAGCCAUCUGCAGAUCCACAUCGUCCCAUUGUUAUUGAAGCCCUGACUAACAACAUCGAUAAUUCAGAUGAAAAAUAUUCUAUUACCACUAUGAUCCGACACGAAAUAAGUCCUGAGGAUCGUGCGUCUGUUUUGGCAACCUUAAUAAAAGGUGAUACAGAUUCAGACACCUCAAACAAAAUCUCAAAAUCAUCAGAACUAACUUCCGAGAAUAAAGAUGAUACAGACUCGAAGUCUUCUAGUAAAACCUUUAAGUUAUCCGAUAACGACGAUCACAAAUUAGAACGUUCCGUUUCAGUAAGGACAUUAAAUUACAACUGUGAUUCGGACACUGAAUCUUUGAAGAGCUCUGUAGAAAGCUCUUUGGCCCUUCAAGCAGUCUUGGAUACACAACGAUCAGAAAGAUUCCAAUGCUCCAAUGUUUCAGUGGAGACUAUAGCUGAUAAAGAAAGCUACGCUUCGAAUUCACAACCCUUGAGGGAUCCUUCGACAGGAGGCAAUAUUGAUAUCUGCAAUAAAACUACUGAGUGUUGUGUAUCCACUUUGGCAGAUUUAUUGGAAGAUGACAGAUAUUCUGAAAGUAGCACUAAAUCAUCAGAUGAAGAUGAAGAGAAGCAGCUAAAAUAUUCCGACUCAGUGUCAAUUGUUAUAAUUGAUGACACUGAAAGCAGCGAUACAGAAUUAGAAUCGCCGAACAGAUAUGAAGCAUCUAUAACUUAUCCCAUUGAGAUUUCAUAUGCAGAGAGCUCUUUGACCUCUCAAUCCAUAUCGCAUUCACAGCAAUGCCAACAUAUCUCAGAGGACUCUUGCACUUCCGAAGCAUUAUCGACCGAAAACGAGGAUAAAGUGGUACAAGAGAACAACGAAAGUUUUAUGCAGCAAAUAUCAACUCUCGAUUCCAUUCUGGAAGAGGAGGAGGUGUCUUCCAAAUCAGUAAGCGGAACAACUGCACGCUCAACAACUGAGGAAUUCCAUCGCUCUGGAAAUAUACAGAAAUCGGAUGGAUCGAGCCAAAUAGAGCAACGAAAAAAAGAAAAGGCAGAUGCCUUAGUUUUAUGUGAAUUGUCACCUCGUCUCGCGAUUUUCGCUGAAAAAGUGAAGUUGCAAUCAUGCGAAGAAAAACUUGAGGAUUCAAUAUUACUCGAUAAUCCACUGGCUCAAAGCAGCAUGAUUCAGUCUGACGAAAUGAAUCGAUCAUUAAGUGCGGCCAAAAAGCAAAUCGAUGAACUAAAACAGCUACGACAGCGCAAUUCUAAACAAUAUGAAACAUGUCGAGAACGCACUAGAGAACUGGACGAUCAAUCAAUUUUGGAAAUGCGGACACAAUUGCGAGCAACGGGGAAAUCAAUUAAGCAUUGCAAGGGCGCAAAUUGUCAAACUGAAAAAGCAGAUAACCGAAACAAAUGACGCUAAAGUAGAUAGAAAUACUUUGGAGCAAUAUGAAAAUAUUGUAGUCAAGUCGCAGCAAAAGAUGCUUACUUUACAGGUACAAAAAGAUGCUUCUGAACUGAAGCUGGCAUCGCAAUUAGCCAAGGCCGAAAGAGAUCUGGAGUUGGCGCAAAAAAAAUCAAGAACUUGCCAAACAACAACUGGAAGAAAUUAAAGCACAAGUGGAAAAACUGAAAGAGGAACACCACAAAGAAGUAGGAGAGCUGCAAGAG